CGGCUCGUGUCGUGUUCACCGUUAGUGUGCACUCGUUUCCGACUGGUUGUCGGUGCGAGGUAAAAGCGGCGCGGAGCGUGCGGCGCGGCAGUGCCCCGCCAGCCCCCGAGCAUGCAGCUGCUAGCGCUGCUGACCGUGGCCGCCGCCGCCGCCGCCGCGCCCGUGCUGGUCGACCAGCGCCAGGACGGCGACCUCAACUUCCAGGCCGACGUCAAGAAUGUGGUGCUGAUCGUGGCGCUGCCGCAGCAGAAGGCGCCGGCGAGCCUCGGCCUGCAGGACCUGGGCCUGUACCUGAAUGGACUGACGAAGAGCGCGGACGGCAAGGUGCAGGAGCGCGGCGCCGUGCGCGUGCUGGAGGCCUUCGUGGAGCCCCCGACGCCGUACCGCGUGGAGAUCGGCGGCGAGCGCGCGGGCGGGGAGGGCCGCACCGUCACCAUCGCGGGCCGCCGCGCCGCCGUGGAGGCCGAGGCGGCGGCCGCGGGGGACGACGAGCUCAAGCUGCUGGGCGCCACGGAGCAGUGCGGGCCGGGGCGCCGCCGCGACCCCGCCUCGCUGGCCUGCCGCGACGACCCCGCGCCCCCCGCGCCCCCCGCCGCCGCCGCCGCCGCGGAGGAACCCCAGCAGCCCACGCAAAAUGAACUGGAUAUCAAGUCUGAAAAACUACCCGAAUCCGUCUGAAUCUCAAGCCAUACCUCCCUAAGUUAUUUUAAGUGUAUUUAUUAUUUAUUUUUUAGUGAUUCCGCUCUAAGCUGAAAUCUGUGUAAGUUUAAUAAAAAACGUUGGAAAGUUG